UACUCCUAGCUAGUACCAGUCUAGUUCUAGUACUAUCUCCUCGUCUUCCUCCUCCUCCUCCUCCUUUUUCUUCGUAUUACUACUACGUAGUACUACCUAGUAGAGCACAGUGAGUCAUGGACAUGCUUGGGAAUGCAGCCUCGGUGGCUCAACUCGUCGGGACUGUGGGCAGGCUCAUCUCCAAGAUCAUUGAUGCGGCGAGGACGGCGCGCCAGAACAAGCGGGAGUGCCUGUACCUCACGGUCCGCCUGUCCAUCAUCGGCGAGGUGCUGCCUCGCCUGCCGCAGGACGCCAAGGUGAAGCGGUCGCUCACGGAGCUGGGCAAGACGCUGGGCGAGGCGCACGAGCUGGUCCUCGACUGCCAGAACUGGAGCACCGCCCGGCAUCUCAUCGCGGCCCGCCGCCACGCCGACAGCUUGAAGGAGGUCAACGGCAGGAUCGACUCCCACAUCAACCUCCUCAACUUGGUCUUUAACACCUCCGGCCGCUUCGACCAAACCCGCCCUCCCAACCACACGGCGACGGUGCCGUCGCCGGGCUCCUCCUCGGGUCCUGCCGCCCCCGUGAGGCUCACGUGGGCGCAAAUUGCAGCGGCGACCGAUUACUUUGCCGACGAACUCAGCCGGCGCAGCUCACAGGUGUUGUACAAGGGCCGUCUCCGCAACGGCCGGGAGGUGGCCGUGAAGGUUCUUAUCAAGAACGGGCGGCAGGACGUGGAGGGCGUGGUCGUGACGGAGGUCGAGAUCCUCUCCCCCCUCCGCCACCCACACAUCGUGCGACUCGUCGGCUGGUGCUCCGAGGAGGAGGACCACAUCGUCGUCUACCUCCACGAGCAUACGAGCAACGGCACGCUCAGAGACCACCUGCUGCGCCUGCGCGUGCGCGUGCGCGUUCGAGCGCGCCUGAGGGGCCGCUCUAGCUUUAGGUCGUCGCCGGUGAGGUCGACCUGGAAGAUGCGCGUCGAGGUGCUGCUGGGCGCAUCGCGGGCCAUGGAGCACUUGCACCGUUUCGGGGUUAUCCACCGCAACGUGACCUCGUUCAACAUCCUGCUGGACGGCAGCUGGGCGCCGCGCCUGUCCGGCUUCGGCCAAGCGAUCUUGCUGGCGGCGGCCGGAGACCAGGUCGACACUGAGGUCGUCGGCACUCCUGGUUACGUCGACCCGGAGUACGGCCGCACUGGGCGUGUGAGCGCAGCGAGCGACGUGUACAGUUUCGGGGUGGUGAUACUAGAGACGCUGACGGGGGAGGAUGCCGCCACCAUGCAGAUGGACUCGGUGCUCCUGGCCAUACGCAACAGGAAGCUACGGGAUGUGCUGGUCCGCCGCCCUGCGGCGACGCCGCGGCAGCUGGAGGCGCUGGAGCUCGUGGCGCACACGGCGGAGUGCUGCCUGUUUCCACAUGGGAACGACCGGCCUGCCAUGUCGAACGUUGUGACCAACCUCGAGAGGGCGCUCACGAUCAUAAAUACGUACUAAGCAGUCAGAAAUGAGCUGAAGCUAGCUAUUAUGUCCGUAAUAGCUAUUUUUAAGCUGCCUCACAGCCGGAGGAGAGGCAACGACAAGGAGAUGAGGGGUUGCUGCCAUGCUGGAGGAAGAAGAAGAAGUCUGGGCCAUUGGGAUCUCAAUCCAACGACGAGGAAAAAUCGACUGGUUCUGGAUAAAGAAAAUCUGGAAACCUAUAUAUUUCGUUCCUCGUUAUAGUAUUAAUACCAUUUGAGUGACGGCGACGGCUCACCAAAAUGUUUCAGCCGUGCUUGUACACCGAACAUAAUUGUUUCAGUGUAUAUGGUGUGUACUACUACAUGUAUCGUUGUGUAUGGUAUACCAUCAUAAUUGAUGACUUCCCC